CGUGUUGAGUGCUGAAAUUCGAGUGGUGCCGGCCGAAUGCGUUUCGCGAGCACGAGCGAUUUUCCGUUCGUGAUUGAGAUAUUCAUUUGUGGGACCGACGUGUUAGCUUUGCGCUGUUGCUCAAACUGAGCUACUUUGUACUUGAUUUGUACCUAAACUAACUCACCAAGUCGCAUCAAGUUUGAUUAGAGAAAAUGAGUGUUAAUCAAAUUUUUAAACAUAAAGAGCGAAGAUACAAAUGUGCAUACCCCAGCUCGAUGGCUUAUUAUGAUAUGAUAUUCAUUUUAUUUUGUGCGUGAUGGUCAUCCAAUUGACAAUAAAAUUGCAGUGUCCAACGGAAAUUUCCCCGGUUUUGAGUGUUUAAGUGAUCGAAACGUCAAACAUGAAGAGGAAAUGAGUGAGGAAAAAACUGAUCAUACCUCUUUGCUGGCUCUCUGUAAUAUGUUUUCGACUUCGUUUAUUUUGAUGUAAUUUUCCGCAUAAAGGGAUGGAAUACCCUUCUCAAUAUUUCAAAUCCCCGCAGACCAUUUUUCUUUUAGAGUUCAAAAAUCUGUGAUAACCAAGGGGUUAUCAAUAAAAACUCCGCAUUUUUUAUUUUUAUAUUUUUAUUUCCUCUCUCUAAUGUAUUAAUAUUUUUCUAUACAUUUCUUGAGAAAUGGCUCGUGAUGGAAUUAUUACAGCUUCAAUUUGGUGUUUAUUCGUUUUGCAGAGGCUUGCCUCGGCGAAAGGCAACCCCACCCAACCUCACAUCAUAUUCAUCAUCGCAGACGAUCUUGGGUGGAAUGAUGUUGGAUUCCACGGCUCGAACCAGAUUCCAACACCGAAUAUCGAUGCUUUAGCUUACAAUGGUAUCGUUCUUGACCGGCAUUACACCCAGCCCUGUUGUACUCCAUCUAGGGCAGCUUUGCUCACAGGAAAAUACCCCAUCCGAAUAGGUUUACAAGGCUUACCAAUCGCAGCAGGGCACGCAGAUGGAAUUCCGCUCAACGAGACACUUUUGCCUGAGUAUAUGCAGAAACUUGGUUACGUGACUCGUUUGAUCGGAAAAUGGCAUGUGGGCUCCUCCACGACAAGUAUGACUCCCAGCAAAAGGGGAUUCCACUCACAUUUUGGUUAUUACAAUGGAUUCGUCAGUUACAAAAGUGGCAUACAUCGAGCUGAGAAUAUUUCUGGCUUUGACGCUUACCGCAAUCUGGUUCGAAGCAAGCACGAAGUUGAGGGUCAGUAUUUGACUGACGUCUACACCAAGGAGGCUGUCCGUACCAUCACAUCGCAUGGUAACCCGUCCACACCCUUGUUCCUCGUCAUGUCGCACUUGGCUCCCCACACGGGUGCUGCCGGUGUUCUGGAGGUGCGUGACGAAGCAGAGAAUUCUAAAAAGUUCGGGCAUAUCUCGGAUCCCGCCAGGCGAUUAUACGCAGGGGUGGUGGAGGCCCUAGACUCUUCCGUUGGUGCAGUCGUUGAAGCAUUAAGCUCAAAAAACAUGUUGCAGAACAGCGUCAUAAUUUUCAUCUCGGACAAUGGUGGACCAACGAUUGAUCCUGUUUGGGGCCACGGAAAUACUGCCUCCAACUGGCCGCUUCGAGGACUGAAAAUGUCCCCAUUUGAGGGCGGUGUGAGAGGAGUUGCCGUGGUCUGGAGUGCUCUCUUCAAGAACCUCAAAUGGACUUCCUCCGCUUACAUGCAUAUCACCGACUGGCUUCCGACACUAUAUUCCGCUGCCGGGGGUGAUGCUGAGUCACUGGAAGGCUUAGACGGGACUGAUCAAUGGGAUUUCUUACUCGACGUAACACAAGCGGACCCGAAAAAUGAAUUUUUAGUCAAUAUCAACGAAGAUCUGAAUGACUGGGCCGUUGUCAAGAACGAGUGGAAAUUGAUUCACGUGAACACCAGCACUCCUUUCAGCUUCAGCCAACUUUACUACGGCGAACACGGGCGCAACCGCACCGAGUACUCCCUGAAAAUGGUCACUGAUAGCCCAACCUCGAAGAACCUACGCAAAGACCAACCUUUCGGCAAACUAUGGGAUGAAUACAUGGACCGCCGCUCCACGUUGGACAUAACGAGGACGAUGUUGUGCGCGGAAAGAAUCGCAGCCUCUGAAACCUCCGACCCCUUGCCUCCCCGCGACCGGUGCAGUGGGGCGCCUUGCCUCUUCAACAUCCACCAAGACCCCUGCGAGUUCGAUAACGUCGCUGAGGAUAACCCGGAGAUCGUAGAGGAGAUGUUACACCAGUUGGAGGGUUAUAGAUCUGGAUCGGUCAAGAUACAGAACCAUCCCUUCGAUCCCGCCUCUGAUCCUGAAAAGUGGGGUGGAUGGUGGGCUCCGUGGCUAGACCCCAAAGAUAGCACAGCUUGAUCAUUUUCCUUUCAGGAGCAGUGUUCGAAACUCACAGGCGCCAACGCGCCAAAUGCGCCUGAAAAAUGAAGGCUCUGCGUCAACGUGGCCCCUAAAAAUUGCCCCCUAAAAAUCUGAAUUUUCAUACAGGUGAUUAUUCAAA